AUGCCCAGCCCUGAGCUCAACAGCCGUUCUUCUUUCCCUAUUCAAGCUCCCGAGAUUGAUAGCAUCCAGUUUCCGCGCUCGUGGGAAGCGGCAUGGGAAGCAGCAGGUCAGACCAACUUUGAGCGCGCGCAAGCAUUUCUAUUUUUCUACCGUGGGGAUGAUGCCUCCAUCAACAGCGAGCUCCGAUCUAUUGCAGCAAACCCCAAGCACCGAGAUGUUGCCGCUCUUGCUGGCUCAGUCCAAAGACUUGUUUUCGGCAAUCGUCACCCAUCCUUCGACACAACCUCCCUGUUGCAGUGGAUGCGCUUCGUGCUCAUCAAGAGCCAAGCCCUGACUUCUACUAAGACGAAUGCAAUUCGCGAUUUCUUCUUUGAUCCGUCAAUCGCUCGCAACCUACCUCAACUUCCGCAAGACCCGGUCAUGUACCAGUAUCCAGCCGCACCUCUCAAGGUCAUGAUUAUCGGCGGAGGCCCCACAGGCCUGGCCUCCGCGAUCGCUCUCGCCGAGAAGGCCGGGUCCAGAGUUGAGGUCCAUCUCUACGAAGGUAGAUGGAUUCAGCAGCCGGGUAGCUCUUUCGUGAGCUACCCGCCAGGAGCCCGUCGUCGCGACCAGGUCGUCACGCUUCAAGACACCGUGAUAGAUCUCAUGAGCGAUAGAACGCGACAAGCUGUCUUUGGUGGGAAUCCCGAGCGUGUUUGGCCUGGUUCGAGCAACCUGCAGAUACGCAAGCUCGAAGAAGGUCUCUUGCGACGGGCACAAGAUAGCCAGUUCCGUGACCUUAUCUUCCUACAUGCCUCACAGGUCAAGCAGGCCAACCUUUCGGAGUACGGUGACUUCCACCUGAUGCUUGGUGCCGACGGUGCCGGCUCAUGGCUCCGCAGUGCCUACUUUCCGGGACAAGAAGAAGAGGUUGGAAAGAGUUAUGCCCUUGGGGUCGCUUUUGAUCGCCCUCGUGGGCUUCCGUUUUCACAGCCCAUCAACAUCUUCCUCACCAUGGGUCAAACUCGUUACCUCCUAAACGCCAGCGACUUCGAUGGCACAGGAUACCUCAACAUGCAGCUGACCGAGACUGAAUGGCAUCAAAUGGUAUCUGUUGAUGGCCAUCCUUGCACAUUCGGUCGGCCAAGUUGCCUGAAGGUCAAUGACUGUCUGCCCGAUGGAUUUGACGAGAACCAGGUCUUUGCCCCAUCUCAGCAACCUGACAGCCCGCUGUGGAAGGCCAUACUCGAUGGACUUGAGCUUUACGGGUUCAAGCAGUGCGAGGUGAAGAACAUUGUUCGCAUCCCCAUCGUAGUACGCAGAAUCAACAAAGCCGUCCAGCAGGUCCCGCAGUGCAACUCUACCGCUCUACGCCGACCCCAUGGUCUUGUCGCCUUGGCUGGAGAUGCGGCGAUGACGGUACACUUUUGGCCUGGGAGAGGCGCGAACUCCGGAAUGAAGGCCGGCAUCGCCUGGGCUGAUGAGGUUGCUCGCGCUCUCUUUCACGGCCAGUUCGUCGGUCUUCAGACUUCUUCGCUGGGAAUGUACCACGACUUUCUGCAGAAGCUCCAAGAGCGCGAGCACGGCGGUCGCAGCUUACCCAUCGUCAAGCAGACAGGCGAUCCAGAUAUGAUGGCCUGGCUGAUGCGCAACGCCAGACUUAUUCCGCAGCACGUGGCGAUGGAGUGGCUCGUCGGCCAGAUGCGUCGCGAUGGCGUUCGCAUUCAGAGACGAGCUGACUGGGCUUUUGAGCAGGUCAACAACCUCGAAUCACAACUCCGGGAGAUUCUCGAGAAGAUGAAUGCAGUCACUAUUCAGGAAAUGGCCGCGACGUUUCCCUGGCCCACGCGGGAAAUGGCUGGGGCCGAAGUCCUGCCCGAGAGGUCCGUGGUUGACGCGUGCUUGAGUGGUCACAGGCCGACAGAAAUAUCGAAGCUCGAAAAGCAGGCCAAACCGAAGAAACAAGACAAGAAGAAGAAAAGUUCAGAGAUUUCCGUGACUACCUCUGAGAUUUCACCGGCAUUCUUGGCUAGCUUGGCGAAUCAUAACAAGCCAGCUCAGCGGUCCUCGUGGCGUUCUUUCAGCUUCAGCAGAACGCCUCAGGCUGUUCAGUCGUAA